UUCACUGAGUUCCCUCGCCUCUUUCUACACCAAUUUUCUCCUUCUCUCACUCUCUCGCCGCCGUUCUCCGCUCUCACGCCGCCGGCGCCGUUAGUACUGCUCUAUCGACUUGUCCACCCUCUCCCGCCAAGCUCUUUCGUCCUCAAUAUUGUCUCUUCACACUACACACAGCCUUAGAGGAUGAAUAUGGAUAUAGACGCUGAAGAGGCAACAAAGCGGGUACAUGUCCGGUUUGUGACGAAGCUGAAGCCUCCGUUCAAAGCUCCGCCUACUUCCAUAGCCAUCCCGUCCAACCUCACCCGCUUGGGCCUCUCUGCCGUCGUCAACAACCUUCUCAAAGCUGGGGAUGAUGAUUGGAAACCUGAGCCUUUUGAUUUUCUCAUUGGUGGAGAAUUAAUUAGGAUGUCACUUGAGGAGUUCCUCCUUGCGAAGAAAAUUUCUGCUGAAAAGAUAUUAGAUAUUGAAUACAUUAAGGCAGUAGCUCCAAGGAGAGAAGAAGAGCCUUCUUUGCACGAUGAUUGGGUCAGUGCUGUUGAUGGUUCAAAUUCCAAGUUCAUUGUAACAGGAUGUUAUGAUGGUGUAGGAAGGUUAUGGAAAGAAGCUGGAUCUUGUACUCAUGUAUUGAAGGGGCAUACUAAUGCAGUGACUUCUGUUUGUGUUAUCAACCCAAAAGGUGUUGUAGAUGGUGGUGAUGAACUGGUGGCGACUGCUUCAAAAGAUAGAACUGUAAGGUUUUGGAAGAUUGAUGCUGAUGAGAUCCUGGAACAACCAAAGAGCAUUAGAGCCUAUAAAAUUUUACGUGGACACAAUGCUUCUGUCCAGAGCAUUGCUGCACAGCCCUCUGGAGAAAUGGUGUGUUCAGGUUCCUGGGAUUGCACGAUCAAUUUGUGGCAGGCAAAUGAUUCAGAUGCAGUUAGUGAAACAGUAUCCAUUAAAAAAAGGAAAAGAGGGAAAAAAGAGGAAAAAGACGAUGAUCCUCAAACAGAGGGGGAGGCAGUAUCUACACUCAUUGGGCAUACACAAUGCGUAUCUUCUGUUGUCUGGCCAAAAAAUGAAACAAUUUAUUCAUCAUCCUGGGAUCGAUCUAUUAGAAGUUGGGAUGUUGAGACAGGCAAAGAUAUAGUGAACAUGUUUUCUGGGAAAGCCAUUAACUGUCUUGAUGUUGGAGGCGAAAGUUCUGCCCUCGUUGCUGCUGGUGGUUCUGAUCCUAUAUUGAGGAUAUGGGACCCUCGGAAACCAGAUUCCUUGGCACCUAUCUUCCAGUUCUCGUCACACAGUUCCUGGAUAUCUGCCUGCAAAUGGCAUGAUAAAUCAUGGUUUCACUUGGUUUCUGCAUCCUACGAUGGAAAAGUUAUGUUAUGGGAUUUGAGAACAGCGUGGCCACUUACUGUCAUUGACUCACACAAGGACAAGGUAUUAUGUACUGCCUGGUGGAGAGGUGAUAGCAUUAUAAGUGGUGGAGCUGACUCGAAGCUUUGCAUAUCUUCAGAACUUUCAGUGCAGUAACAGCGUUCAUUCAGAUACACGCAAGAUGCAACUUUGCUUUUCAUUGGCACUCAAAAAUUGAUGUUAUGCUGUUGCAUUGUAUACUGUAUUCGUUCAAAUUUUGAUAAGGAUAUAAUUGAUCAGUAAGGCAGUAAGGUACUUGAAAAAUUCAUUAGUGUUUUGUUAUAUACUAAUUUAUAUUAUUUUAGUUCAUUGCCCGGAUUUGUACACCCGAAUGGGAAAUAUGUUGAACAGAGGCAGAGCUAUUUUCUGUUGAGGAUAGCUUUGCAGUAAUAUGAAUUUCAGAGAUUUUGAUUUGAUGAAUCAAAUUCACCACUGCAUCUCUGCA